AUGGAUCUUCAGGGAUUUAGGGAUGAUUAUCCCAUUUCUGUAGACCAAUGGCUCCGAAAGAUACUAUGUACGCUUUGUCAGUUACACCUAACUCCUAAUGGUAAGCAAGAGUGUGUCAUUGCCCUUCUGAAAGGUGAUGUGAUUGAUUGGUGGGAGAUUUUGGAACUGGCGAAUGAGCCAGAGAAACCCACCUCAGAGUACUUCAUUUCAGAGUUCUGUGAGAAGUACAUUGGAGAGGUCCACACUGAUGAUUUGCGUGACCAGUUUCUACAUUUAAAACAGGGCAACCGAAUAGUGCUUGAGUAUGAGAAAGAGUUUCUUAGGUUAAGCAAGUUUGAGCCCAAGCUUAAUUUGACUGAGGCUAACAACUACAGGAGGUUCCGAGAUAGCCUCCAUUCAGAUAUUCAAACUCAGUUAACAACCAACCAGCUUCGUGUGUUUGUAGAUCUAACCUGCCAAGCUAUGGCAGUAGAGAGAAUUCUAAACAAUGGAUCUUAG